CGCGCGCGCACGCGCGCUCCUUUCCACGUGCGAAAGCCCCAGACUCGUGGGGUCCGGGACGCAGCAGGCUCUUGAGCCACUCACCUCAGCGGUCGCCAUGAGGCCAGGUUUCAGCCCCCGUGGGGGCGGCUUCGGUGGCCGAGGAGGCUUUGGUGACCGUGGUGGUCGAGGCGGAGGCCGAGGGGGCUUUGGCGGGGGCCGAGGGGGCUUUGGCGGGGGCCGAGGUCGAGGUGGAGGCUUCAGAGGCCGAGGACGAGGAGGAGGAGGAGGUGGCGGAGGAAGAGGUGGCGGGUUCCAGCCUGGUGGCAACAGGGGUCGUGGUCGGGGAGGAAAAAGAGGAAACCAGUCAGGGAAGAAUGUGAUGGUGGAGCCACACCGGCAUGAGGGUGUCUUCAUUUGUCGAGGAAAGGAAGAUGCAUUAGUCACCAAGAAUCUGGUCCCUGGAGAAUCAGUUUAUGGAGAGAAGAGAGUCUCGAUUUCGGAGGGAGAGGACAAAAUCGAGUACCGCGCCUGGAACCCCUUCCGCUCUAAGCUGGCGGCAGCGAUCCUGGGUGGCGUGGACCAGAUCCACAUCAAGCCAGGGGCCAAAGUGCUCUACCUAGGGGCUGCGUCAGGCACCACUGUCUCUCAUGUCUCUGACAUCGUAGGCCCAGAUGGACUGGUCUAUGCAGUUGAGUUCUCCCACCGCUCUGGCCGGGACCUCAUUAACUUGGCCAAGAAGAGGACCAAUAUUAUUCCUGUCAUCGAAGAUGCUCGGCACCCCCACAAAUACCGCAUGCUCAUUGCAAUGGUGGAUGUGAUCUUCGCUGAUGUGGCCCAGCCAGACCAGACUCGAAUUGUAGCCCUGAAUGCCCACACCUUCCUACGUAAUGGAGGACACUUCGUGAUUUCCAUUAAGGCCAACUGCAUUGACUCCACAGCCUCUGCAGAGGCAGUGUUUGCCUCUGAAGUGAAAAAGAUGCAACAGGAGAACAUGAAGCCCCAGGAGCAGUUGACCCUAGAGCCAUACGAAAGAGACCACGCUGUGGUCGUGGGUGUAUACAGGCCACCCCCCAAGGUGAAGAACUGAAGCCCAGAACCACCUGGAUUGUGAGAGAUUGUGUUGCUACUGUUACACGUGUGUUUUUCUAUUAAAAGACUCAUCUGUC